AUGUACGGGGCCGAGAGUCUGUUUUUUAUUUCACCAAUGUUUCCCUUUGGUGGCUUGCGAUCGUGGUUGUGGACCGAUGGGUCCUGCGCGCGUGACAGGGCCAUCGGUCUGGAUAAAGUGUGCUUGCUGCGUGUGCGUGUGCAGAGGCGUUGACAAGUGGCUUGGAAGGGGGUAGGGGUAGCCCAUCACUAGGCAUUCAUGUUUGAAUAAAAAGAACACCCCCCAUGCCCAUGCGUGCGUGCGUUCUUGUUGUUGUUGUCGUCGUUGUUACGUGAACCAACAUAUUUGUCUUUCAACUCGCUUCCCAAACCUAAAUUCUCCCCCAUAUCUUUUUUUGUUCUCUUCUUUCUUUCCCUGCUCAUCCUCGACAUCGCUCGCUUGCUCACUCGCUGGCUCACGCGUGCUCCUGUCGACCACGGUUCCCGUAGGAGAGCUCGUUCGCUACAUUACUUUUUAACAAGCCUUCCGCGUGCUUUUUACAACCACCCAACCUUUCCC